AUGGCACUGCUGCCUCCAAUAAGCUCUCAUCCAGAUCCAUGCCAUGAAGUCAAUUGUGGGAAAGGAUAUGUUUGCCAAGAUGUUCACAACCAGGCGGAGUGUUUCCCAGAACCGCAGUCCUGCAAUUCUGUCCAAUGCCAAGAAGGGAUGCUCUGCGCGAUAGUUGAUGGCUUGCCCAGAUGUGUCCCUUACCCAUCCUCUUGUCAUCAGGUCCAGUGUAAAGAAGGGACAAUUUGUAGCCUGACAGAUGGCUUCCCCAAAUGCAUGCCUGUGCCGCAAUCCUGUGCUGCCGUUCAGUGCAAGGAAGGCACCAUCUGUGCUAUUAUUAACAGUUGGCCUCAGUGCAUUUCAAGGCCCAAGUCUUGCCAAGACAUGCCGUGCAACCCAGGAAUGGUGUGUGAACUCAUGAAUGGCUGGCCGCACUGUGUGCCUCACACGCCUUCCUGUCGCAGCGUCCACUGCAAAGAAGGGACCGAAUGUCAGGUCGUUCAUGGCCAGCCCCAGUGCGUUCCAGCAUCUGCCUCCUGCAGCGAGAUCCUGUGUGAGAGAGGAACCAUGUGCGAGAUGGUUGAUGGCCAAGCCAGGUGUGUCCGAUUGCCACCCUCCUGCCUCCAUAUUGAAUGCAAGCAAGGGACCAUGUGUGAUAUGGUGGACGGGUGGCCAAAAUGCCUCCCAAGUCCAACUUGCAAAAAUUUAAAUUGCGAAGCUGGUUCCGAAUGCAAGAUGAUGAAUCACUUGCCCAGAUGCUUGCCUAUCCCACGCUCCUGUGGCCAAAUUCACUGCAGGCCUGGGUCCAUAUGUGAGCUGGCAGAUGGUCAGCCCUUAUGUGCGCCCAUCCUACCCUCUUGCAGCAAGAUCCAUUGUGAAGAAGGAACGCUCUGUGAGAUCCUGGAUGGUGUCCCCAGAUGUGUGCCUGCCAUCACUUCCUGUAACAACAUCCAGUGCCCGAUGGGAACCAUCUGUGAAGUGGUCAACAAUUGGCCCACGUGUAGACCUCGCCCACCCUCCUGUGAGAGCAUUGUGUGCAAGAAUGGAACAGCCUGUGACAUCGUCAAUGGCUGGCCGACUUGUGUUCCGGUUGUGCCAACAACUUGUGCAUCCAUUGUUUGCAGAGAGCAAGCUGUGUGUGAAAUGGUGAAUGGUGUACCAACCUGCACACCCAUCCCACUCUCUUGUGAUAGAUAUAAGUGCAGAGAGGGAACAAUUUGUGAAGUUGUCCACGGAUGGCCCACAUGCAUACCUUUGGCAUCCUCAUGUCAGAAAAUAGAUUGUGCCCAGGGCUCUGUUUGUAACAUAAUUGAUGGCUGGCCUAAAUGUGUCCCAGCCCCACCUACUUGUGACCAGCUUCAAUGUAAAAGAGGAACCAUCUGCGAAAAAGUAAAUGGCCAGCCUGCGUGUGUUCCACUCCCUCACUCUUGUGAGCGCAUCUAUUGCCAACAAGGGACCAUUUGUGAAAUCAAGGAAGGAUGGCCCAGGUGUGUUCCAAUCCCCGCAUCUUGUGACAAAAUCCACUGCAGGCCAGGGACCACCUGCAAAACAAUCGAUCACUGGCCUCAGUGUGUUCCCAUCCCACCUACCUGUGACAAACUGCGCUGCAAAGAUGGCAGCGUUUGUGAAAUUAUUGAUGGUUGGCCCAUGUGCACGCCUACUCCUGCUUCCUGUGAUAAAAUCGAAUGCAAGGAAGGAACUGUUUGUGAAAUGGUUGAUGACUGGCCCAGAUGUAGCCGAAUGUUGAACUCUUGUGAAAAAGUCCACUGCCAGGAAGGGACCAAAUGUGAAAUACACGAUGGGCUUCCAAAAUGCAUUUCCAUAUCCCUUUCCUGCAACAAUUACCAUUGUAAAGAAGGGUUUCUUUGUCAGAUCGAUGAGGGUUGGCCAAAGUGCUUUCCUGACCGUUCUCCUUGUGAAAAACUCAACUGCAGUGCAGGAAUGGCAUGUGAAACACUUCAAGGGCAGCCCAGAUGUGUCCCCAUCACCACCUCCUGUACUAAUGUCAUCUGCAAGGAAGGAACCAUCUGUGAAAUCCACCAUAGUUGGGCCAGAUGUGUUCCCGUCUCAACCUCUUGCGCGAACUUCAAAUGCAGUGAAGGGACUGUGUGUGAGAUAUAUGAUGGGCGUCCGAAAUGUCUCCCCAUCUCACCUUCUUGUAAUCAUUUUCAGUGCAGCUCUGGAACUGUUUGUGUAAUCAGCCAUGGUUGGCCCAAAUGUGUCCCUAUCGCACUCUCUUGUGAGAACUUCAGAUGCAGUGAAGGAACUGUGUGCGAGAUAAAUGAAGGGCAGCCAAAAUGCCUUCCUAGAUCUCCCUCAUGUCACCAAUUCCAUUGUAAGAGUGGAACAGUUUGUCAAAUAAACAAUGGCUGGCCACAGUGUGUUCCGAUUCCCCCUUCUUGUGGAAAUGCCAGUUGCAGCGUUGGGACCACAUGCCAAAUGGUUUCUGGCUUGCCCCAGUGUGUUCCUACAUCACUGUCAUGUGAUCAAUUCACCUGCCAAGAUGGAAGUGUUUGUAAAAUGGUUGAUAACUGGCCAAGAUGCCUUCCUAUCCUGUCCUCAUGUGAUAGGUCAAACUGCCGGGAAGGUACCGUUUGUGAGAUUGUUAACGGAUUGCCAAUUUGUGCCCCAAUUCCAUCUUCCUGUGAGAAAACCAUCUGUAAGGAAGGGAUGAUAUGCCAGAUGGUGAACGGUUGGCCAACCUGUAUUCCAGCAUCCUCAAUGUUGUGCGCUUCUACGCAUUGUCACGUGGGAACUGUGUGUCAACUUGUUGGUGGAAGCCCACAAUGUGUGCCUAGCACACCUUCCUGUAGCCAGUUUCAGUGUCCUGCUGGGACUAUCUGUGACAUGGCCAGUGGAUGGCCUAAAUGCGUUCCUAUGCCAACAUCCUGUGAAAAUGCCCAUUGUCAAAGUGGGACUAUUUGUCAAGUUAUAAAUGGUUGGCCCCAGUGUGUGGCUUCUACCCAUUCAUGCCAGACAAUUCAAUGCUGGGAAGGGACCGUUUGUAGAAUGGUGGAUGGUUCACCUAGAUGUUUUCCUUCUGUAUCUCCCCAAGUGAUGUGUUGGGCCUCUGGUCAGCCCCAUUAUCACACAUUUGAUGGACGCAGCUUUGAUUUCCAAGGAACUUGCACUUAUACAGUGGCUAAGAUUUGCAGCACCAGCUCCAACCUGCCAUUCUUCCACCUCUUUACCAAGAGUCAGAAGAGUUUCCCUUUCUCUUUCAUCAAUCAAGUCACCCUCACCAUCUACAACUCCAGCAUCACUAUGGUCAAGCACGAGUAUGGCCUUGUCAGAAUCAACCAGGUGCGCUCUCGUCUGCCGGUAGGUCUACACAAUGGGAUGGUCUCCUUAUACCAUCGAGGAAACCAACUGGUGAUCGAAACCCAGUUUGGCCUGAAGGUUUACUACGACUGGAACUAUUACCUAGUGGUGAAGGUCACUGCAGCUUUUCAAAGUCAAAUUUGUGGCCUUUGUGGCAACUACAAUGGAGAUCCCAAUGACGACUUUACUACCCCUUCGGGAAGCUUGGCCACCAACGCUGUGGAAUUGGGCAAGAGCUGGAAAGUAGAAGAUGGAGAUGAAGCUUGCAGGCACGGCUGCCAUGACAGGUGCCUGCAGUGUUCUGCCGAGUUAGCAGCCAGAUACAAUACAGAAAGUUCGUGUGGCAUGAUCAUUCAACACAGGAGCGGUCCUUUCCAUCGCUGCCACUCCUUGAUUGAUCCCAAGCCAUAUUUGAAUGACUGCGUAAUUGAUUUGUGUGCCUUUGAGGGUUACAAGCAGAUUUUGUGUCGGGCCCUGAAGACAUAUGCUGAUACUUGUCAGAGAGAAGGAAUAGCAAUAUCUGCCUGGAGGAAACACGUCGGCUGCCCCUUGAUCUGCCCUGACCACAGCCAACACAUGGCCUGUGGCACAGCCUGUCCUGCCACUUGCAACAACCCUGAUGCGCCAAAGAAAUGCCACCUGCCCUGCAUGGAAACCUGCCAGUGCAAGCCGGGCUACGUGCUUGAUGGUGGUAAAUGCAUUCCCAAAGAGCAAUGUGGCUGCAUCUAUCACGGUCAGAUCUAUGCUCCCAAUGAGCAGUUCUGGGGCGAUCGGCAGUGCCACCUGCAGUGCGUAUGCAACCCACGAGACAGGAAAGUGGCCUGCCACAGAUCCACUUGCAGGGAAGGAGAGGGGUGCCAUGUGAUUAAUGGCGUAAGAAAGUGCCAUCCAACUGUCUAUGGGACCUGCACUACCCUGGGCCAGCUGCAUUAUAUCACGUUCGAUGGACUGCACUUUGACUUCUUUGGAACUUGCGUUUAUCGGUUGGCUGAGCUCUGCUACAAGAUAGCAAACCUCACUCAGUUCCAAGUCCUGGUUCAGCACCAAGGACAGGGGUCUGAGAGCUCAGCGGCCGCCAAAGUACUUGAAGUCCAUGUUUACGGCAUGGCAAUCCUUAUCAGCCAUAGCAGAGUCUUGCUGAACGGCUUACUGAUCAACCUGCCCUACAAUGUUGAUUAUAACAAAAUUUCCCUCUACCGCCUGGGAUGGGAUAUCGUGAUCAUGACUGAUUUUGGUUUAAUGGUCACCUUUGACAUGAAGAACAAUAUUCGUGUCACAGUAUCUGGAAGCUACAGGGGACGGACCUGCGGUCUCUGUGGCAAUUUCAAUGGGAAAGUAGAAGAUGACGUGAUGCAACAAAGUGGAAUGCCAACAACGAAUCCAGGAGAAUUGGGCAGAAGCUGGAAGAUCUGGGAUAUCCCAGGGUGCCUUGAGAAGGAACAAGAGUCUUGUGUGGACAUGGUGCAUUUGGAGUACAUGCAGAGAACGAGUAAGGAGUGUGGGCUCCUACUAGAUGUCCACGGCCCUUUCAAGAGCUGCCAUAGCAAGGUGCCACCUGAGUCAUACUUCAAAAACUGUGUCUUCGAUUACUGUUCCAGUAAGGGCAACAAGAAUAUCAUCUGUCACAUUAUCUCCUCUUACGCUGCAGCUUGCCAAACAUUAGGGAUCCAGAUUUCCAAGUGGAGGUCCUUCCACUUUUGCAAACCUGACUGCCCCCCAAAUAGCCAUUAUGAAGUCUGUGCCAGCCAUUGCCCGGUGACCUGUCACAUCCUCUUUAAUCCAGUCCUCUGCACUACCAACUGCCGAGAGGGAUGUGAAUGCAACCAAGGUUUUGUCCAGAGCAGUGACCAAUGUGUCCCCAUCUCACAAUGUGGCUGUGUCCAUCAAGGUCUGUACUACAAGGCGGGCGAGUCUUACUUUGUCAAUGGGUUUUGCAAGGAGCGGUGCACUUGCCAUGUCGGUGGUAUUAUGGAGUGCCACCAAUCCUCCUGUGGACCCCACGAGGAGUGCCGUGUGGUGGAAGGCACCCAGAAGUGCCAUUCAGAUGCUCCCAAGAAGACCGGGAUCUGUCACGUCGCUGGAGACCCUCACUACAUCACCUUUGAUGGUGCCACCUUUGACCUUCAGAGCAAUUGCACUUACACGCUGGCGAGGAGCUGUACACGUCAACAUUCCCUUCCGCCUUUCUCAGUCAAUGUACAAAAUGAAAGGCGGUCCAGGGGCAAAAUCUCUGUGACAAAAGUUGUAUCUAUCACAGCCUACCAAAACACCAUUUCUCUCUUGCGGGAAAAGAGAGGCAUUAUCCUGGUGAAUGGUGCCAUGACCUACUUACCUUUCCGCCUUGAAAGUGACAGUAUGUGGGUCUUCUAUCACGGAGACAACAUUGUGGUUCGGACAGACUUCGGCCUGUUUGUGUCUUUCGAUCAACUCUACCACCUGAUUGUCCAGGUGCCAGAAGCUUACCAGAGCCAGAUGUGUGGUUUAUGUGGCAAUUAUAAUGGGCAUCCCCUCGAUGACAUCUCUCUGCCCACCGGCCAGCCAGCCCUUAGCGUGCAAACCUUUUCGGCUGCUUGGAAAGUAGCUGCUCCAUCUGCCACCUGCACCGAAGAUUGUGCCUCCGUAGUGUGUGGUGCAUGUCAAGAAAGCCGGAAGGCCAGCUACGUACACAGCACCCAGUGUAGCAUUUUGCAGUCCCCCUUUGGACCUUUCAGUGCUUGCUAUUCUACCAUCAACCCUACAGACUUCUACAACAAUUGCGUGCAUGACCUUUGCAAGGCAAGGGGGAACCCAGUUAUUCUCUGCCGAGCUGUCCAUAGCUAUGUUGCGGCUUGUCAAGCAGCUGGCAUCCAGAUCAAACCCUGGAGGACAGCAAACUUCUGUCCUAUGAAAUGCCCAAUCAACAGCCAGUAUGAACUCUGCACCCGGGCUUGUCCCGUCAAAUGCAAAGAGGCAACUGUCAUCACGAAGUGCCCCAACCACUGUGCUGAAGGCUGCCAGUGCAAAAACGGCUUCUUUAUGGCUGGGUACCACUGUGCCCCCAUCAGUCAAUGUCGCUGCUUCCACAAAGGCAGGUGGUUUAAGCCUGGAACUCCAACGAUCACAUCCAAUUGCAUGGAGCGAUGUACUUGUGAACAUCAAGGUCAUCUGACAUGCACUCCAUUCCCGUGUGCAGCUGGAGAAACUUGCGCACUGCAAGAUAACAAGUGGGUCUGUGUCCGGAAGGAGGGACACUGCACUAUUGCCCAUGAACACAUCUUCACCUCUUUUGAUGGAGUAUCUGGAAAGCUUCCAAGUGAAGGAUCCUUUGAGAUCACAGCCCUUGUCAAUGCGAAGUCAAAAUCCUGGUUCCGAGUGGUGGUGCAGGUGAAGAAAUGUCCCCAGUGUGCAACACCCAGUGUGGUCUCUGUCACUGUCUACUUCCACAAACUGAUUGUGCUGGUGAAUAAGGAUAGCUCAGUCUUGUUGUCUCUGUCUGACCCAGACUGCCACAGCUAA